AUGUCUGUGAUAUCACGGGACAAAAAAAUACCGAGCCAGGCACACACGACAUUUAAGGUUAAGUACGGAUUAUUAACAUGCGUACGACUGUACCAUAAUAUUAUCUGGGUAGCUGAUGGCCGUUGGGCGGCGGACAACGUACUUACGAUUAAACUGCACUGCGUGCGGACGGCGAACUGUUUUGGUGGUGGAGGCGAUGAUGUAGCCGAGCACGGGAAAAAAAAAACGGAUUAUAUUCGACUGGUUUCCGCCGAGAUCGGCGCGGAGAACAUGCAAGAAUAUCGCACUAGUGCGUAA